CCAAGUUCCAAAUACAAAUCAAUACAAAAUGAGUCAAAUUGUGAAACAAACCAGCCGCUUGAUGCCACAAAUCACCAAACAAGUGGCCUGCUUCUCCACCUCUUCAGCCCGCCUGCAAGAAGGUGAAACCUUCAAAGGUACCUUGAAACCAAAAAGUGCCCGCUUCAUCGAAUUCCAAAAGAAAUUGAGAGCCAAAACACCCUUGGGUAAAUUGGAUGAAUUCUCACGUCAUCCCUUCCAAGAAGUUGAACCCUUGAGACCAUGGCCCAACAAUGUUAACCCCCACACUGGUGAAAUUGGUGGUCCCGCCGGCCCCGAACCCACACGUUAUGGCGAUUGGGAACGUAAGGGACGUGUAUCCGAUUUCUAGUCAUAAAAUCUUUAAAAU